AUGCACCGAACAAGUUCUGUAUCGGUUCGCGUGUCGUGGCGAAAGCUCGAAGGCGGCCUCAUCAACCAGGUCGACCUCAUCGAGCAGAUGGGCCCCCUUCCUUUUAACCUCGAGUUCUUCACGGAGUGCCAGGACAUGCGGGAGCUCUUGGCGUACCUCGACGCCCCGCCCGACACCGGAGAUUCCGGAGAAACCACCAUCCCUGGAGAUGGUGCCAACGGCGAGCUCUACGAGGUGGCGGGAGGCGACCGAGACCGAGAUAGGAGCGGUGGAACCGGCACAAGCGGCGCUGAGCAUGGGGACCGGAGAGAGGGCGAUGAGGCGGCAGUGGCCGCCGAGGGGCCUGCUUCCGACAGAACAGACAGAAGUGCGCCGAGAAAUGAAGGUCGCGGGGCAGGCGAGGGGGCGGGGGCUGACGGGGGGGGGGGGGCGGACGCUGCUAGCGGAAACGGCGCUUGUAGCGGCAGUGGUGGUGGUGGACGAAGAAGGGGCAGGAACGAACGGUUCUACAAGAUGACGGAGGAGAUCUGCGAUGUUGUCGACAGCUACGGGUUGGUUUGCUUCUACCCUCUCAAUAUCCAGGACGCGGAAACCGUCGGUCGGGUGCUGUCGCAGAUCGACAAGUGCAACGGGUACAUGCUCGGGGCGCGCGACACCGCCGCCCCGGCCGCCGGGGCCGGGGCCGGCGAAGGCAGCGUGAGCAGCCUGUUCCGCACGGCCUUCAGCGACACUCACGAGCCCAUGUUCGAGAAGGUCGGCAGCGUGCAGGAGCGGUACAUGCCCGACACUUACGGGGCAGCGCCGCCGGAGUUGGAGUUGAUGAUGAACGGGGCCGCGGGGAAAGUGGAAGGCUUGUAG